UUCCGUUUUCACUUUUUUUUUUGUCGCUUGAGUUUUGGGAUUUUUCUGAGCUUCUUAUUAUUUGUGCCUGUCUUCUUAUUCAAAUUUAAGGGAUUUCGAUAACGUUUUGACAAGGUCUUGAUUUAUAGAGUAAAAUUUUACACAGUUUUCUUUUUUCUCCAUCUUCGCUUGUUGAUCAGUUGUCUUUGUAUAGACAAACUAUUUUGUUUUCACUUUAAGCAUUCUUCGUUAACGUAAUUAAUUGGACACCAAACAAUUUCUGUCAUGGCUCAAGCUGUCGUAGACGUUCCCCAUUCUACACCUAAUUUUAACUUAAUCCCCGCGAAUGAACCCUUGCUUCCUAUCGAGGUCGUCAACUCUGUUAUGCAGUAUUUGCCGGCUCACGAUGUCAUCCAAUCCAGCUUUGCUAGCUAUCCAUUGACAAUCGUGGCUAAGAAGAUCAUUCGGGCCCGUCUGUCUUUUUUGGACCAAUAUGCUCUCCGUGUGUUUGGUAAAAAUGUCUCUUCUGACCAAAUCGUUUGUAACCUUUCUGCUCAUCGUACCAAUUAUGCCUCACAAUACGAUGGGUAUUCUGUAUUCCAGCUAGAUGAGGCUUCCCCGUCGAACAUCUUUCAGGUUACUUUUGAGGAGGAGACAGACCUUGUACAAUUUGAACGAUACCCCGGAGAAUCGCUUCCUCCUUUCCUUAAUGUUCGUGUUGCAGUUGAUCUUUCCCGUUCCUCAAUUGACAAUUCUCGUGCUGAUUUAUUUUCUUGCUUUCAAAAGCCUAUCCGUAUUCGCCGUUCUUGGUUAGAAUCUCUCAAGGCAGGCCAACCUGACACACUAUGGUUGGACCAAAAUACGCAACACGUAAUUGGCUUAAUCAUUUCUCGUAUUGACAAUGCUCCGGGCAAGUACGAUGUGUUGGUCUCCUCAGUAAUUAUCAAAACCGAAUAUUUGCUAUCAUCAUUGGAACAACGACUUCAUUGAGAGGAGAAACGCCUUGUUCUACUAUAAUACUCGUUUUUAUUUCAAAACAUUUUCAUCUUCUGAGUCUAUCAAGGGACACUUUAGAAUACAGAAACUCUACUGGAUUCUUUCUUCUUAUUCCGUUAAUCGUCUACAACUUAUAAUGUCAAUGUGUGCUAUUUUUCUUUCGUUCGUCCUUCCUUUAGCUUUCAGGAUUUGUUCUUGCGAACCUUGUUUUAUUUCUAAUUAUGACUCCUCUAAUCCCAGCGUUGAAAAACGUAUGCGUAAUGUUUAACAAAAACUUGGUCGCCAAUUUAUCCUUUCAAACACGAAUGCAAAAGACCACCAUUGAAGUCAUAGGCCCUUGUCUGUUCCCAUGCCUCUCCUUGAAAGCUUUUUUGAUACAUCCUUGUUUUUUCCUUUUAUGUUUAUUUUUGCAUAUUUUAUUUAUUACGAGAGAACAUCCUUCAAUUCAAUUUUACUGACUAUUGAUACAAUCCUAUUUUGGUUUUUUUUUUGUAUAUGUCAUAAGAGUAUCUU